GACUCUCUCUAGAUUGUUGUCUGCGCGAGUCGGCUCGGCCUUGUUGUCGGCUAGCGGAAUCGAUUUAGGACGCAAAAGAAUUCGUAUUUUGUUUCCGUCUGAUUAGGAGGUCGAUAUUACAGCCUCCAUCGGUCGGCGUUAUCUCCAAAUCCCUGACAUCCACCGGGUCUUUGGUGUUAUUCCUUUGUAAAUACUGUUAUUUGUAUAUACUGUAAAUGAUGACUUCAGUUGGCGGAAGCCGGACCCGGGGCAACUGGGAGCAGACGCAGGGUCAGACACAGAGCCAGUCACAGCACAAGCAGAGGCCCCAGGCCACUGCUGAGCAGAUCCGACUCGCGCAGAUGAUCUCUGACCACAACGAUGCAGACUUUGAGGAAAAGGUCAAACAGCUGGUUGAUAUCACAGGAAAGGAUCAGGAUGAGUCUAUGAUAGCGCUGCACGACUGCAACGGAGAUGUCAACAGAGCCAUCAACGUCCUGUUGGAGGGCAGUCCUGACACUGACUCAUGGGAAAUGGUUGGAAAGAAGAAAGGAGUGUCGGGACAGAAGGAGAGCGCACAGACAGAUGGAGGAGAAGAAGGGAAGGAGAAUCGAGAGAAGGGUGGAGAAAGAGAUGUGGCGCGGCGCAGAGGAGGGGCUCCUCGGAGAGGCCGUGGAGCCAGCCGUGGACGAGAGUAUCGUGGGCAGGAAAACGGACUGGAUGGAACCAAGGCUGGUGGCAUAGCGGGCAGAGGAACUGAACGAGGCCGUCGGGGAAGAGGCAGAGGAAGAGUUGGAGCUGGUAGGCGAGGCGGAAGGUUUUCAGCUCAGGGAAUGGGCCAGAUUGAUAAAGGCCCCAGAUAUGAUUUGUCAGGAGAUGACAGUACGUUUAAUCCAGCGGACUACACUGAGCCAGCCCAAACAGAAGAGAGCUACACAAGUGGCAGCACUUGGAGUAACACUGGCAACCUGGAACCAGAGGAUGGAAACCGGCUUGAGUUUACAGGAGGAGAGGGAACAAGCUAUCCUCGACAGUUUGACUCCACCCCUGGUGCGUGGAGAACUGCCACAGAAGAGUGGGGUACAGAGGACUGGAAUGAAGAUUUAUCAGAGACCAAGAUUUUCACUGCCUCCAGUGUGGCAUCUAUGCCCAUUCCACAAGAGAAUGUCACCAUAACAGCUGGACAGAGGAUUGAUUUGGCGGUGUUGCUGGGGAAGACGCCUCCAUCUUCCUCCGAGGCGGAACCUGCUUCACUUGAGGGUCCACGACCUCCAUCUCUGCCUCAGUCUUUGGUGUUCAGCAACUCCAAGCAGACGACCUCACUGUCCCAAUCCUCCAGCAGUGCGCCGUACGGCCAGCACAGCAUGGUGAGCAUGCUCAGUAAAGGUUUUGGUGAUGUUGGAGACCCUAAGGUAACCACCGGAGGAUCCACAACUGGUUCUCAAUUCUUGGAGCAGUUUAAGACGGCCCAGGCUUUGGCCCAGCUGGCAGCCCAGCACUCGCAAAGUGGACCGCCCAACGCCAGUCCUUCUACUUGGGAUACUAACCCUACUACACUGGGCCAAUACGAUAUGAAGCCUCAAGCAGAGCCUGUACACAGUCCCUUCACCAAACGUCAGCCCUACCAGCCCUCUUCCACUGGCUCUUCCAUGAUGGAUGCCUUUUUGCAAGAUAAAGCCACGCCCCCUCCCACCACCUCAUCCUCAAUGCCCCAGUCCGUUCCCACCACUGUCACCAAACCGUCUGGACUGGCUUCAGCUCAGCAGAACUCUUCCGGCCCAGCGGACCAUCAGGCGUCCAGUCCCCUCCCCCUGCAACAGCACAAACUCAAGCAGCAGAAGAAGAGGGCUUCCAUCACAACAAAGAUUCCAGCCCUUGCAGUGGAGAUGCCAGGCUCUGCAGAUAUAUCCGGGCUAAACCUGCAGUUUGGAGCGUUACAGUUUGGCUCUGAACCGGUGCUUCCGGAGUAUGACGCCUCGGCAUCUGUUGCCACGACGACACCAGGCAACCAAGGCCAGAACAUCCUUUACACAAGCGCUAGCAAUGAGUCUGCUUCAGCAUUAUCUAACCCCAGUCAGAUGGAGCUGUACGAGCAGAGAGCCAGCCAGACGCGGCGCUACCCUCCUUCUGUGUCAUCCUCACCACAGAAAGACAUGCAAACCAAGAACGGGUUCAGUUCAAUACAAACGUCACAAUCUCUGGAAGCUGCAGCAGGCUCUGCAGUGCCUGUGAAACCGACAUCUGAUUCUGUCGUCCCGCCUUCAGUUUCCAACAUGUCCUCAUUGGCCGACCCCUCAUCAGGUCCUUCCUCGCUGCUGAUCGCAUCUAAUCAGAUGCCUCUCAGUGCUCUGGGCCAUGAAGACUCCUCCCCCAGCUCAUUGGCUCCACAACACAAUAACUCCCUCCCAACACAGCAGAACAGUUUGACGCCUUCUUCAGUUCGCACUUCAAACACAAGUCUACUGCACGCGAGUGUAGACGGAGAUUCCAGCUUGCACUCUUCGUCUUUCUCCGUCUCUGCCGUGGCUCCUUCAGCUCCACCCGCUUCUUCCUCUACUGUGGUGGCCUCCAUCCCCCACAGCGGCCCUGUCGGACCCUCUUCAUCCGUCAUUUCGGUCUCCGCACAGUCCGCUUUGGGCCAGGUCAGCAGUUUGUCAAUGGGACUCAACAGCGCUGCUGGCGUCUCCAUGGUUCCCCCAACAGCCGGCGUGUCCUCAUCCUCGGCAGCCUUGGCCGCUGCAGCACCUUCUUUGACUGCCUUGUCCCGCAGCACAGCUGCAUCAGGGAAAGCACCUCCAAACUUGCCUCCCGGCGUGCCUCCUCUUCUUCCCAAUCCUUACAUCGUGGCUCCUGGUCUGCUUCACCACUAUCCAGUGAGUUUUCUGCCUCAAAUGUAUGGCUACGAUGACUUGCAGAUGCUACAGACCAGGAUACCACUGGACUAUUACAGCAUCCCAUUUGCCACUCCAACCACACCGCUGACUGGCAGAGAAGGCAGUUUGACAAGCAACCCUUAUUCUGCUGGCGACCUGGCGAAGUUUGGUCGCGGUGAUGCUUCGUCCCCUGCCCCUGCAACAACGCUGGCCCAGCCGCAGCAGACGCAGACUCAAACGCACCAUACCACCCAGCAGCCCUUUCUCAACCCGGCCCUUCCACCCGGAUACAGCUACACCAGCCUUCCCUAUUACACUGGCGUACCAGGUCUACCCAACACCUUCCAGUACGGCCCUGCCAUGUUUCCGGUGGCUCCUACCUCGUCCAAACAGCAUGGUGUGAAUGUUGGCGUCAACGCAUCAGCUACGGCCUUCCAGCAGGCAAGCGGCUACGGCUCUCACGGAUAUAGCACUGGCUAUGAGGAUUUGGGCCAGGCUUCGGCCGGGAGCGGGGAUUUCUGUAAGGGCGGCUACAGCACAGCCGUUGCUGCGGCCGCUGUUGCCGCUGCUUCUGCGCAAAACAAGCCUGCCAGCUCCGUCACCGGGCCCGGAGUGGGCGUUUCUGUGACAUCCAGCAACACGGGAGUUCCUGACAUUUCAGGGUCUGUUUACACAAAGACGCAGUCUUUCGAGAAGCAGGGUUUCCACACAGGAACCCCCAGCGCUUCCUUCAGUUUGCCCUCGGCACUCGGGAGCGGCGGCCCCAUCAACCCUCCGGCCGCGGCGGCUUAUGCACCGACUCCUUACAUGCACAUCCUGACCCCCCAUCAGCAGCCCCACUCCCAGAUGCUCCACCACCACCUGCAACAGGAUGGACAGGCUGGCUCUGGACAGCGCAGCCAAAACGCCUCCAUUCAACAGAAGUCACAGAUAAACAAGUCUGGUUACAACAGCUACAGCUGGGGAGGCAAUUAACACCCCCUCCUGCCCUGUCUGGUGUUCCAAAGGCUGGAUUAACAGAUUCUUCUCCUCCCCAGAGGUCUCUCGAUUUUCUCCAACGGCGCACCCUCUCCUCUCUGUACAGUCAUCCUAAAACGCAGUACCACCCUCAUUCCACUGGUGGCACUGUUAUGAGCGAGAGAAGGCACUGUAAGGCGUCAGUUGAGGAAGGUGUAUGGGGAGAUGUCUUAAUGGGGAGAGGGUUCUUGCAAGUGUGUGGAUAGUUACUUAGGCCUUCAAGAGCUCAGUAUUGAGUAUUUGGAGUUUGUAUUGUGUUUAAAAAAAAACCAAGCCUCUUGCUCUUUUUCUUUCAGGCAUAUGUAACAUAGAUCUGUUUUCUAAAAUGAAAAUUGUUUAAUUUCUUUCUUUUUCUUUUUAAUGGUGGAUAAAGCGAAAAAGAGAGGUUUAGUAGAGCGCGAUUUUGUUUCCCCAGAACAGCAUUUAUGAUUUCCUUACUGUCUGCUGCUUUUUCAGUACCCGCAAUCCAAAUGUAUGUACAUGUCUGUUCUCCCCUGCAGUUUUUUACCGAAUUUUAUUUUGGAAAAAAGAUCACUCUAAAUCGGCUUAUGCAGUUGUGAAGUUUAUUUUUACCAAAUAUAAAUAGAUAUAUGAAAAAUGUAUAGGUGAGCUCACAGGCUUUGUCUGUCAGCUGUGUGUAUGUGCACGUGUGUUUGUUUUGGUUUUGUUAUUUUGUGUGUUGUGAGGGUGGCCACUGUAUGAAUGUUCUACUUAUGCUACUGGCUUCAAUGUGUAGUUUGUAAAUUCCUUUGAAGCCAUAUUGUACCCUACAGAUGUUAGAAGUGCACCUUAACCUAGACUCUCAUUUUCCACUUUAGUUUUUUUGUCUUUAUUAACUGGCCUCCCUGUUGAAAGGAGACUGGAUUAUAGCAUGGAUUUUGACCUCGGCGUUUUACCGUAAGUGAGAAAUCUCUCAUUUGCUUUAGGAUUGUGUUGUACUGGAGAGGUCAGAGUUUUCUUGGGCCGCCCUUUGCAAACAAGUGUCUCUUCACAGCCUGUUGUUCUUGUCAAACCUGCAGUCAUUGUCCCCUUUAAAAAGCGCCACCUUCUGUCCCCAAAUAUAUUCUUUUAGUAAUAUGAUUAUUAGGAAAGUGCUGAUGGACAGAAUUGUACUAUAUGGGUAUCUUUUUUUUUCUUUGUCAGUGACUUUCUUUUUGUACUGUGCGUUUUAAAAAAUUUAAAUGGAUAAAAUUGUCUGUACAUAUAUAUAUAAAAACACAAGUACUGUA